AUGGAUAUUGAAAACGAUUGUCGCAUAGCAACAACGAAAAAACAACAUGGUUUAAACAAAGUGGUAGAGGAAAAUGAUAUACAGAUUGAAACAGAUGAGAAACACAUGAGAACAGUUAAAGAACAUACAUUUACCGAGAACCCUAUCUUCUUGACCUCCGUGGAUACGCAGGCGCUUGAAAGUUUGAUUCUGGGUAAGACAGACAAAAUAAACCAGACUGAACCUGAAGCAAGAACUACAAAGUUCGGAUCGACUUUAUCCUCGACAGAUAGUCUAACUAGUGGAAGUAAACAAACGGAUAUGAAAUGGAGCGGUGGGGAGAUUGAAAGUAAACCAAUAGUCCUGCCAGGAGGACAAAAACCAGUGGAAAUUAGGCUGUCCAACUCAGUGAGAGCGAGGAUGAGAAAAAUGGCUCAGUUUUCAAUCGAAAAGAAGUUUAUGCAGAAAUAA